AUGUGUAUAAGAGACAGNAGGACUGCCACCACUCGCAGGACUGCCACCACUCGCAGGACUGCCACCACUCGCAGGACUGCCACCACUCGCAGGACUGCCACCACUCACAGGACUGCCACCACUCGCAGGACUGCCACCACUCGCAGGACUGCCACCCUGCCACUACUACGCAACCUGACACCGGGGGCGGGACUGCGGCAGCUAAAGCCCCCGCAGCUCGCAGCAUCGACUUCGACGACAGCCGCGCUUCCCUCGAGUGUCGUCCUGACAAGAAGACUUCGUCAGAAAUUAACGAGACCCUGCAAGUCCCCGGCCAGCCCAAGGACUCAGCAGUGCCUGCAGGAUCCCAGCGAAGCAAGAACAGGAAUAAAGAACGCGUGCCUCGUGCGUCGACCGCCGGGACGCGCAGACGCCGAGGGCGCGGCGCUCCCAACUACUCGGAGCCUGACGACGACCUGCUCGCCGACCUCUACGAGGGCCUACGGGACCCUGACGAGGAGCUGGAGGCCAGCAGCCGCUCGUCGUCACGAGACCACACCUGCCAGAGGGACGAGAAGUUCAACCCGCGCACCAGGAAGUUCUCAGAGGACGAGCUACGACCGCAGCCUAUAGUGAAGAAGAGCAGGAAGCAGCAUCAGAAGCUGCAGCAGGAGCUGGAUGCCGCGCACGCCACCAUCAGGAGCCUCCAGCGCCGCCUCGCACAGUACGAGCACUGA